UUGUUUCUCCUUCAUAUUCAUGAGAAAUGAUCAUCUUCUUUUGGUUAAUUCAUGUUAAAGCACAGAGAUGAUUUGCUAUUUAGCUUCCUUCCUUUGAGAUCAGUCAUGAUUUUUAUUAGUUAAUUGUUGGGUCGAAUAAGUGGGCAUAUAUAGCGACUUUUGAUUAGCUUCCUUUCUGAGGAUAUUGGCGAAAUUUACUAAUCAAGAUGUUGCAGGACGUUAUUCAUCCACCCGAACAACAACUUGAUCCUCUGGAAAAUAUUUCCAGCCCCAUAAGUGCUCAAAUGUUUGAGUUUUCUGACCAUGACUUGUUUCCGGAAAACUUACCAAACUCUGACGUAUCCUCAUCAAAUAACUGCUGCUAUGAGGAAAACUCUUCAUACGCUGCAAAUCUUUCAUAUGCUUCAGAUGGAACAGGAAUGUACAGAAAUAACAACUUUAGCAUUAGUAACAACUGUAACCCCAAUGAUAUACUUAACACCAUGAUAACCAACAAUAACUUACCCAUGAUUUUUGAUUCUCAAGAUGAGAAUGAAAAUAAUAUCACCUCAGCCAUGAACUUAUCAUCGUCAUCUCCAAAUUUCCAAUAUCCAAUCCCUCCCAUGAUCACAAGCCAAGAAGAAGAAUUCGAUUUUUCCUCGCUACAAGUACCACCUCUUCCAUUAACAGAUGACACUAAUGGGUUUUUGUCAUAUUCUGUCAAUCCUAUUUGCUCGUUAGCAGGAUCCGGACCACCAUUACCAUCCAUAUUUGAAGAUGAUUGUUUAUCCUCUUUACCAACUUCUUAUGCUAGUUUAGAUCCAUGUUCACCGUCUUGUUCUUGCAUUGAUCCUUCUGUUGGAUCAUUUUUGCCCGGGAAUUUCACUAGCACUACCCCAUUGUCAACUGAUUGUGGAUCGGGAAUAUUCUCGGGCGGCAUGCUUAUGGGAUCCGAAUUACAGCAAGAACUGGAUCUCCAAGGAGAUAACAGUAAUGGUGUUUACGUUACUGAUACCAUGCAACGAGUUUUCAACCCAACUGAUAUUCAGGCACUUAAUCAUGAUAAUCAACUGCUAGUAAAUGAGUGUAGUAAUAAUAACACUACCCAAUUAACAUCAGAGUUAGCAAGCUUGGACGAAUCUUCGUACAAAGUUGGAAGACUGUCAGUUGAAGAAAGAAAAGAAAAGAUUCAUAGAUACAUGAAGAAAAGAAAUGAAAGGAACUUCAGUAAAAAAAUCAAGUAUGCUUGUCGAAAGACUUUGGCGGAUAGUCGACCUCGCGUUAGAGGAAGGUUUGCAAAAAAUGACGAUUUCGGAGACAGUGUUAGAAAUAGUUGCAGCAAUCUUGAAGAUGAUGAAGUAGUAGGAAAAGAGGAAGAUGUUGAUUCUUCAGAUGAUAUAUUUGCUCAUAUCAGUGGAGUCAAUUCUUUUAAAUGCAACUAUGAUCUCCUUCAAUCUUGGAUCUGAUCAGAUCAACAUCAUACAUCGUUAUCUAAGGGCAUCCGCAUAUUUUGUACAAUUUUGCAUGUGCAUGGGAUCCCCCAUUUUCUAUCACAUAAAAAUAAUAGAUACUUUAAGAAACAAGGGGUGUUGGAAAUGCUAUGUGACUCCCUCUUUCCCACCCUCUUUCCCACCUCCCUCCAAUCUCAACCACACAUUUAAAUUUAGAUUCACAUUCAGGUACUGGUAGGGUUCAUCAUUCCUUAAAUGUGGGGUUUAGAUUAUAGGAAGGUAAAUAGGGAGGUGGAGAAAAGGAAACCGAAUAGCACUUCGGCUAAAUGUACUUUGAUUUUGGAUAUAUAUCAUAUACAUACUGGUAUAAUAUUAGUGAAUUAGUUGAUCAUAUAGACUAGAGAUGAUUUGUGAAACUAUGUGUACAAAAAAAAAAACUGGGAAAGUAUGUCGGGUUUAAUUAGUAUUUAACUUUAUUUACUUUUUUGACGAAAAUAAUGUACUUGCCAUUUCGAUAGUCCUUGUGUUUGUAUGUAUAUAUGACUAUGAAAGCACACGACUAAUCGUGUAUAUCCUUAUUAGUUAGCCUUGUGUGUGUAUAUAUGCUACGAAAGCACGAGACUACUUGUGUAAUUCCUUGUUAAUUAGUUAGGA